AUGCGAAGAUUCCAACCGGGCAACAAGCCGGGAUCCUUUGUUAUGGACUGCAAGGCAGCACUCUUGGAGUUCUUGGGGACGACGACAUUCCUGCUUCUCGGUCUCGGAGGCAUCCAGGCUGGCGCGGCAGCGUUAGGACAUCCAUCGCCCGACAGCCCACCGUCGAUCCUGAUGUUGAUGUACAUUGCGAUGUCGAUGGGACUCAGUCUCCUCGUCUCUGCGUGGCUCUUCUACCGGAUCACCGGAGGAUUGUUUAACCCUAAUGUCAGCCUUGGGUUGCUGCUCACUGGCGUCAUAGGGCCUGUGAGAUUCGUACUCUAUGUCAUUGCUCAGAUAGUUGGUGGUAUUGCUGCCGCUGGCCUCGUGAGAGGCCUGACAGGAAUGCCUCUUGCUUCCAAUACGAGGCUGUCCGCCCAAACAUCCCUUGCACAAGGCGUUUUCAUCGAGAUGUUCAUCACAGCCGCGUUGGUCCUAUCAGUCUUAAUGUUGGCUGCGGAAAAGCACGUAGCCACGCCCUUUGCUCCUGUUGGCGUUGGGCUCACACUCUUCGUUGGUCAUUUGUUUGCUGUCUUCUAUACCGGCGCGUCGAUGAACACGGCACGCUCCUUUGGAGUCGCCGCAGUGACAGGAUUCCCCGAUGGACAUCAUUGGAUUUAUUGGCUCGGCCCGACCCUGGGAUCGCUGCUUGCCGCCGGCAUUUACAGCCUGCUCGUCCACCAUCAAUACUGGCUACUCAACCCGAACCAAGAUACCGAUAACCCACACCACUCCCCAGACGACCCUGUUGUUAGAGCGAAAGCUGCAGUCUCCGGGCAGCAGAUUGAGCGGCAUGAAGCAGAAGGUCAGGGACCCAGAAAUUCGUUGAACACGAACAACGAUCAAAAACCCGCAACAACAGGGAGCACGUCGGGACCAGCAAUGAAUGGAGGGUAUAACCGUAGAGAGAAGGGAGGAAGCCCAGUGUAA